GUACACUUACCGGUUGCUAAGCACAGUUCUCACGUUGUGUGUACUAUUACAGCCAAUACUUUUGGUGACAGUAGUCUCUUGACAUAAAGAUACGAAGAUGAAAGUAGUCGCAUUAAUAAGUGGGGGCAAAGACAGCUGCUACAACAUGAUGCAGUGUGUGGCUGCUGGGCACCGGAUCGUAGCUCUGGCCAACCUCCGUCCUGCUAACACAGAUGAGUUGGACAGCUACAUGUACCAGACAGUGGGCCACCAGGCCAUACAGCUGUAUUCUGAAGCCAUGGAUCUGCCUCUGUAUAGACGCACCAUCCAGGGCUCUAGCCUGGACAUCAGCAGAAACUACAAUGUGACUGAGGGGGAUGAGGUGGAGGACCUAUAUGAGCUGCUCCACCUCGUCAAGGAAAAGGAGGGUGUUGAGGCAGUGUCUGUAGGGGCCAUUCUCUCCGAUUACCAGAGGGUCCGUGUGGAAAAUGUAUGUUCGCGGUUGGGUUUGCAGCCCCUGGCCUACCUGUGGCGCCGAGACCAGGAGUCCCUGCUUUCUGAGAUGAUAUCAUCUGACCUCCAUGCUAUCCUCAUCAAAGUCGCAGCCUUCGGCCUGGAUCCAGAGAAGCACUUAGGAAAACCUCUGGCUGACAUGGAGCCCUAUCUGAAACAGCUGUCUCAGAUGUAUGGAGUUCAUAUUUGCGGAGAAGGAGGUGAAUAUGAAACCUUCACCCUUGAUUGCCCCCUCUUCAAAAAGAAGAUGGUCAUCGAUGCAGCUGAGACGGUGAUCCACUCAGCAGAUGCCUUUGCUCCAGUUGGCUACCUGCGCUUCACAGAGAUGCACACCGAAAACAAAGACGCCGAUGUGGUGGCGGGAGCUUUGCCCCAUGGUAGUUGUCCUUGCCAGAACGCCAUUGACAAGAUGACUGAGGAGGUGGAAUAUGCUGAUCAAGCUCAAGACAACCAGCAAGAAUUUACAUCAAAUUGUGACCUUAGUUGUCAGCGGGGCCACGAUCUCCCUCCAUCCUGUUCACCAAGAAGCUCCAAAGGCUUUCAGUGGAUCUCCGGCAUCAACGGCCUUCAGAGUGAAGAUCCUGGGAUCCAGGGCCAGACGUUGGCAGCUUUCACGCAGCUGCAAAGUGAGUUGGACAGCAGAGGCUGGAAGAUGAAGGACAUCAUCCUGGUUCACCUGUAUGUGAGGUCCAUGGACGACUUUGUUCCACUCAACACCGUCUACAAGAACCACUUUGGCACAAGCCCUCCAGCCAGGGUGUGUGUCCAGGCUCCUCUACCUGCCGGUCAGCUGCUGCAGAUGGACUGUCUGCUCCACGACUGGACCAAGCCCCCGGAGGAAGGCUGCUUCCACCAGAGGGAAGCCCUGCAUGUCCAGAGCCUGUCCCACUGGGCCCCAGCCAACAUCGGGCCCUACAGUCAGGCCCUCAGGGUUGAUGAGUCGGUGUUCUGUGCAGGCCAAAUUGCUUUGGUCCCCUGCACCAUGCAGCUGGUAAAGGCGGGCACCAGGACCCAGGCACAUUUGUCCUUCAGCUAUGUGAAGAAGGUUCUGGAGGCUGUGAUCAGCGGCCUGACUCUAGCUCAUGUUGUCCAGGCCCACUGCUACACCACAAGACACCGAGACAUCCCCAUCAUCAGGGCCGUCUGGGAGAGCAUGCUGAGGGCCGCGGAGGAAGAGAAGGACCUGCUGUGGGAGCAAGAAAUCAAACACGCGGCACUUUUGUUUGCCGUGGUACCGGCCUUACCCAAGGGUGCAGCUGUUGAGCUUCAUGUAACUGCAAUUCAAGAUGAUCCCGCCCAAAGGACUUCCUGUCACGUGACUACAAAGGUGGCGAGCGGAUCCGUAGAGUGCCACGCUGUAAUGUCUGCCGACACGUGUAGCGCUUCACUUUCACUUUCCCUGGCUGUGCCCGGAGAUAACCUGGAGGUCGCUGAUGUGAAGGAUGUCACGGAAGCAGUUGGCGCCACAUUCAAGGAAGCCAUGAAGAAGAUGAAUGCCGAGCUGGUGCCACUGUGUGCCAGGGUGUUCUACAAGUGCAACCACAGGCCGGCACGGCAGAUCGUUCAAGGACUUGAAGAAAGUUUGAGAAGCUCUCUCGGCGAGUCCACUCCGUCCGUAGCCCUGGUUCCAGUCCUGGACUUGCCUGACUCCCAGAUUCUCCACCUGUCCUGCUGGAUCAGUUUAUAGAAACACAGCCAGAGUCAACAACCAGACUCCAGUCAUCCACAGCACUGGAAUUCAGUGGGGGCUUUUCCUGGAGGAGCGUCUCUGACAGCCCAACACCUAAUGACUUACAACAAGGACAUCAGUGAAUGUGGAAAAUAAAAAGAGUACAACUGCUCAUUAAUGUUGACUGUGUAUCACCGCUGAUUGUUGAAAGGCAACGCUUUUUCCGUCUCCAAGUUGUUUUUGAUGAUGUGCGGUUUUAAAGAUGUGUUUAUUCCACUUCAUAUCCCAGAACUUAGGCCAAUAAUUCACUUUGUACCGCAGCAGCUGUUAUUCUGCCUUUUGAGAAGAGUCUUAGAGAAGUUCUAUGAGCUAAAGCUGCAUACCAGAAGACUGGAGACCAUAGACUACAAAAGGAGACACCAGCAGUGUCUCAUUCCACCAGGCGAUAAACUGUAUCCCCUGAUAUCCCACUGUUUCUGGUGGAAUUUCUCUCGCCACGUUAGCUAACACCCCUCAUAAAGGCCCAGCGCCACCACCGACACCAUCUGUUCAGUUGUAAACCUAUAGAUUUACUGUGUGACUGGUUUGUGGCAGUGUGUAAUGUGUGCGGAAUAGGUGACUGUGUUUCUCCCUCUCAUGCUCCAUGGGAUUCAAGGUGUGUUAUUAUUGUGUAAUAGGCAAUCAGGGCAAAGCACCUGAAAAGAUUAAGCCUCUUUAUGUUUUCUAUUGAUUCUAAGGCAACCUGGUUAAUAGGAGAGGGACACUACAACACACAGCUGCAGGGCAGGUGUGUGUUCCCUGUGAGUGUGUGUGUGUGUGUGUGUGUUGGGGCUGUCAAUGGACAUUGUGACAAUGUGGGAAGAAAAUAACACUAUUAACCAUUGCUCCUGGAACAUUUCUUUUCUCAAAGAUCAUGAACCGUAUUGAUGAUCUGAGUUGGAAUGCAUCUUCACUCCGGCUAUUCUCUUCAUUGCAUUUGGGAUGGCGGGAGAGUUGAGUGGGCUAUUGAUCUUCGCCGACCACAAUGUUGUUUUGAUUGUUGUUAUUAAAAAUUGAACAAUAGAGGCAGCCAAUAGAGCCUGAAGAUUUUCAAUGAGGGUCGAAAAACAACAAACAAGCUAUUAUUUAUGAGAGCGAGCAAGCCAAUGCCCCAUAAAUAUACAGCGUGUGUUAAUGUUCACCUGUUUGGUUUUAAAGGCCCCACCAGGGGGAGAUUGAGAAUUGUUGAUUGAUGCAGCUGUCAAAUAAUGAUUAAUUUUUUUAUAAAUAAAGUACUUUUAUUAUGUACUUAUACACUCAUACAUUUCACCCACAGAUAUUUGAUUAUAUUUCCAUGGUUUCAAUAAAUGUAGCUGUUUAACAGUCGCAUACGACACAAAUAGCUGAAGAAGACUUUUCUUUGUCAAUUGUCUUGGUUCCUAAAUGUGUGUGUGUGUGUGUGUGUGUGUGAAUGCCAAGCAGAGUGUUGCCAGACAAGAAUGUGCUCAGCAAACAUGCAUGUUCAGCACUCUUCCCUAAUAAACAAUGGUUUACAGAGGAGCUUGAAGUGGUUUUGUUCAAAUUGAGCAAUGAAAAAUGAAGAAACAACACACACCAGCCCAUCUAAAUGUAUUUCAAUUAUAUAUGGGCAAUAGAUUUAACCUUUCAAUUAAAAAAAUCCACACUUUCAAGACAUUUCUGUAUUGUGUUUUGAAUGCCUCAGUGAAACAAUGGAUACACGACAAGAGCUUUACAUGUCACAAAACACAAACUUAACUCAUCAUUUCAGUAAACACGGAGGAGGUCUGCCCACUAAGAUUCAGUGCACGACAACCACUCGCCGAUCACACUGUAAACAUCACAUUGUGUCUUUCAGCAGGCAUGUUUUCAUACAGACACAGGCAAAGCCACAAGUAUAUCAUCACACCCUCAUCAUGGCUAAUGUGAUGGCCUAUGGCAGACACGUUUCUUUGUGUCUUCACCACUGUGUUUCCUCAUGAAAUGAAUAAAGACAGGGUGACAUUUAGUUUUCUCAUGUGUUUUGUCAAAUGUACAUUUUCUACAAAGCUGACCUGCAACCGCUCUACAAACACAACUGGCUGUUGUGGCUAACAUUGUCCUGUGUGUGCGCAGUGUACACGCCUGCGGCUCUUGUCAUUGUGGCCUUGCACAUGGACUUUAACUGUGUGUUUCUUCCUCCAGGCUAACCAGGCUGAUGUGUUUGACUCUCUUUCCCCAUAGCAGUGGGCUACAGUAAGGGGAGCCCAGCUCGGGAGCGGCCUCGCUGCAUGAGAUGCCUCCUGACAUUGCGGUCUGUUUGCCUCAGUGACUGUGGUUUUGUUUGUUUGAAUAUUUGAACCCUUUUUGUUUCAUAAUGUAUUGUUUUCCUCCCCUGACGUAUUGUGAAAGCAUGUAUUCAUGGUCACAGCCCUGAUUAAAUGAAACUUGUUCUUUCU